UUUUGGUGUUUCAUUUUAUUGUUUUAACUGGAAUGUUGUAUUAACUAUUAACUUGUGUACUGUACUUGUAUUUCGUACAAUAAUGAAAGAACCCACGAACCCAAACAGCUGAAAUGAGCAACCUUCCAGUGAUCUUGUGAUUAUUUGGUGGAUGACAAUACUGUCAAUACACAAAUAAUAUCCGGGCUGGAGAUUGUUGGAAACUGUAGCUUUUCAUCGUAAUGGAUUCUAAUGGUGCGGCUCACCAGGAGGUGAGUGGGGACCAGAUCGCCGAAAACCGUAGUGGAGCGGAAAAAGCAGUAUUACAUGCCAUGGGAUUGCCAACGGGAAUAGAUCCCGAAAACCUCCAAGGGGAAGAUCCUGUAUCUACAGCCAGCACGGUCGAACUGAAAGUUACUCAUAAUAAACAGCUGAUGAGCGUAACCAUUGCUCUGGAUCAGACCGUCAAAAACCUAAAGGAGAUGUUGGCCGUCCUAACCGGAAUUCCUGCCGAUAAGCAGAAAUUAAUGUGGAGUAAAGGCCCUUGUCCAGACGAUAAGACGAUAGAAGAACUUGGUGCCAAGAAUGGAUCGAAAUUUAUGAUGGUCGGCUCGUCUGAGAAGGAAAUCAGUAAUGUCCAAUCGAAGCCAGAUCUGUCGACGCUCAACGCCUUGCAGCAGAGUAGCGACAAGCCCGAGAAACUUUGCGAGCAGACCAUGCACCGAAAAGUGAUCGAUAAAGGAAUGCCGUCCGAUGUGAUGCCGGGAAUUCUGAACGAACGCGAAGCGUUGCCACCAUUUCCCCUAUCAGGAAUGCUUAACAAACGAGGCAGUUCGGUACGGUUGACUUUCAAGUUGGAGAUGGAUCAAGUAUGGAUUGGCACCAAAGAGAGAACAGAAAAAGUGCAGAUUGGAUCUAUUCGAAAUGUGAUAAGUGAACCCAUCGUUGGACAUGAAGAGUAUCACUUGCUUGCUCUGCAAAUGGGUCCAACGGAAGCUUCCCGUUAUUGGUUGUACUGGGUUCCUGCACAAUAUGUGGAUGCGAUCAAGGAAAUAUUUUCUCAGUUUGAUUUAUCAGCUGAUUAAUACUAAGUCCUUAUCUGCGAUUACUUGGAUCGAAACCCAACUCACGACUUUCUGUUAAUAAUGUUCUGACAGUAUAGUUUGAGUUCAAAAUGAUUGGAAAAAGGUUAAUAGCAUUUAACGCCCAAGCGUUAAAUGAGAUUAACGCAGAGCGAGCGAGUGUGUCUAGGCAACACCGGAAGCUCCCUUCAGCGUGCUCCACGGACAUGUUGUCAUUCACAAACUCAUUAUUUCGCGACCAGAAAAAAAUGCAGAAAAAAAGCUUUUCGUGAACGCAGAAACUUUUGUGUACAUCCCACCCGUCGCUUAUCACCCGCACAGCAGAUGGUCUUCCAAAUGCCUUAGAAUCAAGAAAAGGUCGAAUUCUGUAUUCCUGCUCGACGGACGCUUGUACCUUGCCACGCCCAUCUCACAGCCUACUGAAAAUUCCGUUUCGCUUAACAUCACACCGUAGCCGAGAAACUGCGAACCAGGAUGGCGCAGAUGCCGUGGAUCCAGCACCACCGUCUCCCGCGACCAUAUCAGAACAUUAUACCAAGCGUUUGUACACAUUAUGAAAAAAUUUUUGGUAUUCUGUAAUAAAAUGUCUGGAGUUUCUAAUACCAUACAAUAUGUGGAUGCGAUCAAGGAAAUAUUUUCUCAGUUUGAUUUAUCAGCUGAUUAAUACUAAGUCCUUAUCUGCGAUUACUUGGAUCGAAACCCAACUCACGACUUUCUGUACAUAAUGUUCUGACAGUAUACCAAGUAUUAUACCAAGCGUAUUAUACCAAGCGUUUGUACACAUUAUGAAAAAAUUUUUGGUAUUCUGUAAUAAAAUGUCUGGAGUUUCUAAUACCUUACUUAGCAUAAAAACUGCUUAAUAUUAACUUGACAAAAUAUUGCCUUUACUGACAGUUGGGCACGUACCUAAUUAAUUAUUUCACCGUACUGUUUCCGUAUUAAUUUAUACGAGUACCAUAAGUUGAAACUGUACUAUUUACACAGUUUCUAAACAAAUCACCCGAAAACUAUUGUACCUGAUAACUAUCACAGUUCUCUUCGCACAGCUUGCUAAAAAUUAAUAUUAUCAAAGUUCGAUACCAUGAGGUUUAAGAUUGUCUAAUUAACCGAAUAUUUCUGAACAUUAAGUAUAAUUAUUAAAUUAUAUAUACAUAAGGUUUUCAACUUUGCAUACGUACUCAGUUCUUAUCAUAAUAAUAAUUAAUGUUUGUUUGCUUGCAUAACGCUAAUUUGUAACAAUAUUAUAAUGCAAUUAGUACUUGUAAGUUGUACGUGAUCUCUCAUGAUCAUUAUUCGUACUGCAAUAAUAUGUAGCCAGUGCAGGCAGAUC